AUGAUUUUUGCCAAGAAAUUUGACAUUCCCACCUUGGACUUAAAAGUCUUUGAUGUAACAAAGACUGAAGUUGACGAGGAGGUGUUUGAGUUUCUAAUACAGAAACAAGACCUUGGUGUCCUGGAGAUUUGUUUGCCUCAAGAUCCAAAUGAUUCGUUAAGCUCCUCUGCAAGCGCCUCCGUUACAAGCUACAGCGAUGUGGACUCUGAUGACACCAUCAUACUGCAGCGUAGUCCUGCUUCUACAAAGAGAGAAGAGGAUAGUCGUUUAGCCAAAAUGAUUGAAGACAUUCUGAAGAACAAACCUGGUGGAGAGAGGAUCAUGAAUGAGUAUGCUCGGACUAAAAGUCUAACAGAUUCCAGGAGACGCGAUAUGGUCAAGAUAUUGGUUGCACAAAUGACAAGUGAUCAUGGGACAAGUCCUUCAAGGCGUGUUAAAGAGGAAUACGCAAAGGGCAUCACUUCCUUGUUCCCAAACCUGGCCGAUCCUAGGAGCAAGUUUGGCUUUGAGCAUUAUUACAAUGCAGAAGAUGGUAGUGGGUACCUGGCAUGGAGACUGAAAUUUGUUCAAAAGGGAGCAUCAGAGGGACAAAAGAAGACCCUGCGUCAGUCACUAACAGGUGGUCCAAAAGCUGAUAGAGGCCCUUUCACAGAGGCAAACUGUCUAACCACUGAAAGCCUGUGUUGCGAGGCUAUCGCACUGAUGAAGCACUCAGCUGAUGAAGCAAUUGUCAAGGAGAAGAUGAAGCAGACCUUCACAUAUCGCCAAAAGAUGCUUCAUGACCCAGUCAAGUCUUCUGAAAUAUUCACUGCGUUUCCAAGAUUCCUAGACAUACCAGGAAUGAUUGAACAGGACUUUAAUCUUAUGUUUGGUGAUGUCACCUCUGCAAAGUUCCUGGAAAGGUGGCCAACUGUAUACAAGAAGAAAGUCCUUGACCAAAGCCGUGGCCUCACACAGACAGGCGACCUUCAAGACCUGGUUCAAAAUGCUGGAUCCACAACAGAAGUGGAAAAUGGAUGGGACAACGAUAUGUCAUCCCUUAUGGUCCUUGUGCACCUUCUGCCACCGUCAACUCAGGGCCGCAAGAGACCAGGAAAGCUCUCAGCCAGACAAGCCAGUGAGCAUCUUGUGAAGUUUCUCAAGACUGGGACCAGCAUUCAGGGGCAUCUGGACAGCAUCAUGGAAAGCCGUCAACCCUAUCUGCUUGCUGUGGGGACCCAGAGGAGUGUGAUUCACAAGUAUUUCAUUGUGAUUGACAAGCACGCAAUACCAUGUAAGUCACCAGACUGUCUUGCCUGUAUUGAUGAGCUUUUCAAAGCUCAUUUCGUCUUUGGUACCUCCUACAACCAGGAUCUGGUGAAUGUGUACAACUUCUUGCAAACCACGAUUUAUGAAAUCGAUGUGGAAAACACUAAGGUGAAUCCUAGGGUUGCAGAGUUGAGGGCUCGGAUGCUGAAUUGAGUUGAUACUGAGAUUGUUUUGAGGGCUCUAAUAUUGUAUUGAGCUAACACUGAAAUGUUGUGUUUUAUUUGCAAAAGCUCCCAGGCAAAUUCUAAUUCCCUGAUAAAACACUUGAAGCUAAUCCACGGACAUUGUUCAGGUAAAACACUUCGCCUUAAAUGCGGUCAGGCUGGUUGUUCUCAAGUUUAUGGCACUUUUUCC